CCUUCCACGUCAGCUUUCAAUCCAUCUCUCUCUAUAUAUAAAUCAGGAAAUCAAAUCAUUUUGCAAAAUUAAAAUGGUAGAACUCAAGGCGGUACGGCCGGCGAUUUCUUGUUAUUUUUCCGGCGUGGAGAGUGGUCCGGCUGCACCUUUUCGCAAGGUUGGCUUCCUGAAGUGGCAGAUGCCGGCGCUUUCGCCUUCUUUGGGGUUGAGUUGUGGCAACAAUGCCAGGUUGAGCUUGGUUCAGGCGACGGAGGAAUCGACAGUUUCGAUUGCGAACGAUCGUGCUUCUGUUAUAUCUGGUGAAAAUCUCCGCCAGAUGGCUACUAAUGGGAAGGCAACGAACAUUGUAUGGCACAAAAGUUCAGUUGGUAAACUUAAUCGGCAAGAGUUACUUGAGCAAAAGGGUUGUGUCUUAUGGAUUACGGGUCUCAGUGGCUCAGGAAAGAGCGCUUUGGCAUGUGCUCUGUGCCAAGCCUUGUAUUCAAGGGGAAAGUUGACUUACAUCCUUGAUGGUGAUAAUAUUCGGCAUGGUUUAAACCGUGACCUUAGUUUUAAAGCAGAAGAUCGUGCAGAAAACAUACGAAGGAUUGGAGAGGUAGCAAAGCUCUUUGCCGAUGCUGGCAUCAUUUGCAUUGCCAGCGUGAUAUCUCCCUACAGAAGAGACAGGGAUGCAUGUCGUGAACUGUUGCCAGAAGGAGAUUUCAUUGAGGUGUUCAUGGAUGUGCCACUCCAAAUAUGUGAGGCGAGGGACCCAAAGGGCCUGUACAAGCUUGCAAGAGCUGGAAAAAUUAAAGGUUUUACAGGCAUCGAUGACCCAUAUGAACCACCUUUGAAUUGUGAGUUGGUGUUACCACAAAAGGGAAACGACUGUGCUUCCCCAUGUGAAAUGGCCGAAACUGUGAUAUCUUACCUGGAGGAGAAGGGGUACCUGCUGGCCUAAGAAGCCCUGCAAUUCCUGGUCACCAUAAUCACCUGUGAUAUGGUGAGAGCAAAUCAAUGAAAAUUGAUUUUCUAAAUUAAGGAAAUUUCUCGUUUCCUGCACUCGGAAAUUUCUUGUUUCCUAUUUCUAUAUCCUGUUUCUGGCAUCAGGGAAACUUCUUGUUUCCUGUAUCUGUAGUUUAUGUCCUGUGUUAGAUAAUUAAUCGCUUGAUUAAUUAGUGUCAGUUUCCUUUACUAGGCUUUCCUAAAGUCAAGUUAGGUGUUAUUGGCUUUAGUUACUUCGGGAGCAAAAAAUAAAGAUGGACUGAAGGUGGUAAGUUAUUGGUGUAUGAGUUUGUAUCAUAUAGCAUAGUAAUGAUUGCUUAUGAAUAAAAGGCUAUCUCUGGUUUUCGCUGAAAGAUACCCUUAAAUAUGUACAUUUCUUCCCUGCUCUUUCUAGUAAGUACAGAUUUCGCAUUUAGCCUAAUGAUUCCUAAUCAAGCAAAUGUCAAAAUACUAGCACAGAGAAUUAGGGACAAUUUGCAGCUAGAU